UUGCUUCAAACCCCCCGGAGGUCUCCGCCAACGUACGACUUCCCGAUGACCACCGCCACCUUCUCCUCCUCCGCCGUUUAUCUCCUCCCGCCACCCCGAUUAGACCGUCGCCAUAACACAACGCUCCUGCGCACAAAAGUCAACUAUUUUUCUUCGCUCGUCCUCCUCCCUCCUCCAGUUUCAUUCCGCCGGCGCUCCAUUCUCUCGCCGUUUCCCACAUGUUCAUCUCUUAAGGACAAGGUCGGUCAGUUUGAGAAAACAUGGCGGAACUUGAGCAGCUUGAACUACUGGGUUGUGAAAGACUACUACAGGCUCGUGAAAUCCGUAAAUUUGCUGGAACCCCGUUUUCAGAAGCUUUCUGAUGAACACUUGCGAGCCAAGACUCUGGAAUUUCGCCAGCGAUUGAAUCAGGGGGCGACCCUUGCUGAUAUUCAAGCUGAGGCGUUUGCUGUGGUUCGUGAAGCAGCCAGAAGGAAGCUUGGAAUGCGCCAUUUUGAUGUUCAGAUCAUUGGUGGAGCAGUACUUCAUGAUGGGGCCAUUGCAGAGAUGAAAACUGGAGAAGGAAAAACGUUGGUGUCAACUCUGGCAGUCUAUCUCAAUGCGCUGAGUGGGGAGGGUGUUCAUGUUGUGACUGUAAAUGAUUACCUUGCUCAGCGAGAUGCUGAAUGGAUGGGCCGUGUGCAUCGGUUUCUAGGUCUCUCUGUGGGGCUUAUUCAAAGAGGGAUGACCCCUGAGGAGCGCAGAUCAAACUAUGGAUGUGACAUUACCUACACCAAUAACUCAGAACUUGGUUUUGAUUAUUUGCGAGAUAAUCUUUCUGGAAGCAGUGAGCAACUUGUAAUGAGAUGGCCAAAGCCCUUCCAUUUUGCAGUAGUUGAUGAAGUUGACUCCGUUCUCAUUGAUGAAGGACGAAAUCCUUUGUUAAUAAGCGGUGAGGCAACUAAAGAUGCUGCACGAUAUCCUGUUGGUGCUAGAGUAGCUGAAUUGCUUAUACGAGGACUCCAUUACAAGGUGGAGCUCAAAGAUAAUUCAGUGGAACUUACUGAGGAAGGUAUAGUAUUGGCUGAGAUGGCUCUAGAAACAGAUGAUUUAUGGGAUGAAAGUGAUCCUUGGGCUAGGUUUGUUUUAAAUGCAUUAAAAGCCAAGGAAUUCUACCGGAGAGAUGUACAAUACAUUGUACGAAAUGGAAAGGCUCUUAUAAUCAAUGAGUUGACUGGUAGAGUUGAAGAAAAAAGGCGAUGGUCUGAGGGCAUACAUCAGGCUGUGGAGGCCAAGGAAGGCCUGAAGAUUCAGGCAGAUUCAGUUGUUGUGGCCCAGAUUACAUACCAGUCUCUAUUCAAAUUGUACCCCAAGCUCUCAGGAAUGACUGGAACUGCAAAGACAGAGGAGAAGGAAUUUCUGAAAAUGUUUCAAAUGCCAGUUAUUGAAGUACCCACUAAUAUGCCAAACAUUCGUAGAGACUUUCCCAUCCAGGCAUUUGCAACUGCUCGAGGGAAGUGGGAAUAUGUUCGUGCAGAAAUUGAGUAUAUGUUCAAGCUUGGCCGGCCUGUUCUAGUUGGGACAACGAGUGUUGAAAAUUCUGAAUAUCUGUCUGCUUUGCUGAGGGAAAGAAACAUACCCCACAAUGUGCUUAAUGCACGCCCCAAGUAUGCGGCAAGAGAAGCUGAGAUUGUUGCUCAGGCAGGUCGAAAGUAUGCAAUUACUAUAUCAACCAAUAUGGCUGGCAGGGGCACUGAUAUUAUUUUAGGAGGGAAUCCAAAGAUGCUUGCAAAAGUGAUUGUGGAGGAUGCUUUGCUUCCAACUCUCACACAGAAUGCUUCAGAUGUUGAAAUUGAUUCAGGGGCAACUUCAGAAAAGGUCUUAUCCAAGGUGAAAGUAGGGCCAUCAUCAUUAGGCUUUCUAGCAAAGACUGCUGUCAUGUCUAAAUAUGUAUGCAAAGCAGAGGGUAAAAAGUGGGCUUAUGAUGAAGCAAGAAACAUGAUAUCCCGAUCUAUUGAAAUGAACCAGUCCGCUGAACUGACAGAAUUGCAGAAACUUGUUGACGAACAGACUGAGAUGUAUCCUCUUGGCCCAUCCAUAGCUCUUUCUUAUCUAUCAGUUCUAAAGGACUGUGAAUUACACUGCUCUAAAGAAGGGUUGGAGGUGAAAAGGCUUGGUGGUCUUCAUGUGAUUGGAACAUCUUUGCAUGAGUCUAGGAGGAUUGAUAACCAGCUCCGAGGCAGAGCAGGGAGGCAGGGCGAUCCUGGAUCAACAAGAUUCAUGGUGAGCUUGCAGGAUGAGAUGUUUCAGAAGUUCAAUUUUGACACAGAGUGGGCAGUAAAACUUAUAUCUAGAAUUACAAAUGAUGAAGAUAUUCCAAUAGAGGGCCGCUCAAUUGUCAAACAGCUUCUGUCACUGCAAGUUAAUGCUGAAAAAUACUUCUUCAAUGUAAGAAAGAGUCUUGUUGAGUUUGAUGAAGUUUUGGAGGUUCAACGAAGGCAUGUCUAUGAUCUCCGACAAUUAAUAUUAACAGGGGAUUCUGACAGUUGUUCAGAGCAUAUCUUCCAGUACAUUCAAGCUGUGGUAGAUGAAGUUAUUUUCAAGAACGUGGAUCCAGCAACACAUCCAAGCUGCUGGAGUUUGGGAAAGCUUUUGCAGGAAUUUAAAGGGAUUUCUGGGGAUGUGCUGCAUGUAUGCACUCUAAGCAUUGGAAUAUCUCUAGGCUCCUUUUUGGGGAUUUCAGAGGAACAGAUGCUGCAAGCACUUGCACAAGUUAAUCAUUUGAGUUCUGUCAACAUUGAUCGUCUUCACCUUCCAGAUCUACCGAGACCUCCAAAUUCCUUUCGAGGAAUACGCAUGAAGAGCGUGUCAUUAAAAUGCUGGCUAACAAUAUGUUCCAAUGAUUCGGUGAAAGAUGGGAAAUUCAGAUCAACUGCUAAUAUUCUUUGCAAGUACCUCGGAGAUUUUUUGAUUGCUUCGUAUCUUAAUGCUAUUCAAGAAUCUGGCUAUGACGGUGUUUAUGUCAAGGAAAUUGAGAGGACAGUGCUUCUGAAAACUCUAGACUGUUUCUGGAGAGAUCAUCUUGUGAACAUGAACAGACUGAGCUCCGCGGUGAAUGUGAGAAGCUUUGGGCACAGGAAUCCACUUGAAGAAUACAAAAUUGAUGGCUGUAGAUUCUUCAUUUCAAUGCUUAGUGCCACUAGGAGAGUAACUGUGGAAUCUUUAUUGCGCUACUGGUCAUCACCUAUGGAAUCUCAAGAACUCUAUAUAUAAAUAUUAAUAUUAUCGGUCCUCAUGGAUUGCAUGCAAGCUGGAGUUCUCUAGGUUGCACAGAGCAAUUAACAUUGCUAAGGAAUGUAUGGUACUUUUUUCUCCAAAGAUGCAGAUUUUGUCGAUUGGCGCAUUUUCAGCACUGCGCUAACAUCUAGAAGCUUGACCUAUGGCUCUGACAGGUUUUCACAGCCUACAUGCCGUCCCAAAGUUAACACAGAUACGGCAGAAGUAAAUGGAAAGGACUGGGUGGAAGCAACAUACAUAAUUGUGCUCAACUGCUUGAUUUCGGUGGAGUUCAGAUUUUGAUCAUCUUUAAAGAUGCUAGCUGCAUUGAGAACCACAGACCCAGCCCAUAUAAUAAAUAGUCUUGUGAUAUUUACUGGGAUGACAGAUGGAUUCUUGUGACAACUAUGUCAUGUGCAGGCUUGUGUAGAAUAUGCAUUUUUUCUGCAUGUUUAUAUCAUAAUUAUCAAGGCAAAAACAUUUACAUAGAUUGGCUUCGUGGAAUAUUCUUUCAUUCUUUUAAUCAUUAAAUCUUAGGCAUCUGAAAUGUUGUAUACUUUAUUUUAGUCAUUAGUGGAUGGCUUCUACUCUA